AUGUCGCGAUCUUUCACAGGCUGCAAGAGAUGCAAAGCUCGAAGGCAAAAAUGCGACGAGCAACAUCCUGAAUGCGGCCGAUGCAAGGCGGCCGGAGCACAAUGUCGAUAUGCAAUGCAACUACAGUGGGGAGGCCGAGCAUUCUCGAGAUCGAGAUUCGGAGCUUGUGUCGGACCUGGGGGGAUGCAAAGAUUAGAGUACUCGCCAGGUGAAUUCGUUUAUACCACCGUGAAAAACGAGCAAAUGUCCCCCGUGGAGUCAAUGACCCCAGUAUCGUCCCCCUCCUCUGCGUCUUCCCCCGAUUUGCCUCUCGUUCGACAGAUCGACCCAUUCUCGUCAUUACCGCCUACUCACAAAACACUUUUGCAACAUUUUAUCCGAGACGCGUCCCAUGUUACAUCAUGCCAUCCCGGAAUGCAGCAGGAAAUCUGCAAGAUGAUUGUGCCCAUGGCUCUGCAGACUCCCUCUCUUCUUUACGCAACAAUGGCGCUGUCCGCCAUCCACCUAGAGGCACUGAACAAUCACUCGGAGAUGGUCAAGACGGCGCCAGAUAUAGCUCGGUUGAUGGCUCGAAGCUUGGAGCAUUUCCGGGUCGAACUUCAAGACCCAACACGCAAGGGUUCUGAUGCGCUGUUGGCGACGGCGCGCACACUCUGUCUGGCUGAAAUUCAUUCAGGUGCUAUUCAACCCAAUACAUGGAGAGCGCAUAUAGAAGGGGCCAGGGCUUUGAUGACCACCACUCAAACAUCGGCCACUCCAAACACCGCCUUCCGCAAGUAUCUCGACCGGUGGUAUCGAUCUAUCGUGGCUCUGUCCGCUCUAAACGGUAAUGGGCCCCCGAUCGGUGAGAAAUUUGUCGACUCAGAGUCAAGAGAUGACUGGAUGGCCAACGAUCCGGACUAUUUGGACGAUUAUUGGGGGUUUACCGUUCAGUUGGCAGAUAUUUUCCGGGAGAUUGGGGUUAUAGCUUGGCAGCGGCAUCGGAAUAACAGCGAAGCGCUAGAAUUUCAGGGCGGAGAUGAAGAAUCUGAAGAGCGCGCGGCAACACUGGAAAAGCAUGUUCUUGGCCUGAUAGACCGAUACUCUGAUGGUAAUCAGCUGGUAUUCUAUCCAGGAGUGGCGGAGAGACUUUCAGAAGACUCCAUCCGAGAAUUCAUGCUGUGUAACGAAGCCUUCCAACACACAGCACUGAUUCAUAUUCACCGUCGGAUUCGCAAGGUCCCCGUCUCGUCGCCUGAAGUGCAGUACUCGGUCAAGCAAAUCCUCGCAUGCACAUCACAGAUUGUUCCCAGAAGCGGCCUGAGCCCGUGGGUGAUGCUAACGACGCCGCUGUUCACCGCAGGCUGUGAAGCUUUGGGUGAAGACCGUGAAGCUUUCAAGCAGUUAUUCCUUUCCUUGCAUGACACCACACGCAUUCCAAAUGUUCUCCAGUCUUUGAACUUUCUCGAGGUCUACUGGGCCGACGAUGAUAAAAACGACGAGGAGGAUUGGAGCCAUUAUCUCGAUAGGAUGAAUUUCGACUUUAUUCCCUAUUGA